AACGUUAUCGAACACGGAACACGUAAAUAUUAGACACAAGUGAACAUUUCCAUGUGCAGUUUAGUCCGCUUUUAUCAGAUUAAACGCACACAAAGCAGCUACACGGUUCUUUCAGAUCAGCGUCAACAUGAGUCUGAGAAAACAAACCCCGAGUGACUUUCUGAAGCAGAUCAUUGGGAGACCUGUGGUCGUCAAACUGAACUCUGGUGUGGAUUACAGAGGUGUGCUGGCGUGCCUGGAUGGUUAUAUGAACAUUGCCAUCGAGCAGACAGAGGAGUAUGUUAAUGGGCAGCUCAAGAACAAGUAUGGAGAUGCUUUUCUCAGAGGAAACAAUGUUCUCUACAUCAGCACCCAGAAGAGGAAAGUGUAGUGGAGAUGAUUUUGCGUUUUCUUUCUUUUUUCUUUUCUUUUCCUGUAUUUUAUGCAUCUCGAGACAACUGUCUGAUGGUCUUGUGAUUUAGGUUCUGUAAAUCCUUAAGUCCUAAAGAAUGUUUGUUUUUGUAAAAGUGGAAUGAGUUAAUAAAUUCUCAGUUUUGAUGUA